GUAUCGCGUCGCGACACCCCGCCGACCACACCGACACAUUUCCAGGAGACGAGCCAUGUCAGAGCGGAUGUACUACUGGGGCGCCGAGCGGAGUGCGGACCCCGACGAGACGUUCAUCGAGUUCUCGGCCAAGGGCGACUCUGGAGGCGGCGCAGGCGACGGCGGCAAGGGGCCGGCUGACGGGGCUGCGGACGCCGUGGUGUCCGCCCCCGCGGUGCUGCCCCCGCCGCCCACGCCUGCGCCGCCUGUGGGGGCGGAGCCGGCUGGCCGCGAGGACGACGCCGACCGCGGCGGCUGGGGGCACAAGCUGGACUUCCUCUUCUCCUGCAUCAGCGUCUCCGUGGGACUCGGCAACGUCUGGAGGUUCCCCUACCUCUGCUACAAGAACGGCGGCGGAGCGUUCCUGGUGACGUACGCGAUCGCCAUGGUGUUCUGCGGCAUGCCCAUCUUCUUCCAGGAGGUGGCCAUCGGGCAGUACCUGGGAGCCGGCGGCAUGACGCUCGUGGGGCAGCUUGUGCCCAUCCUGCAAGGCGUGGGCUACGCGACCAUGACGAUCGUGUUCUUCCUGGACGUGUACUACUGCAUCAUCAUCGCGUGGACGCUGUUCUACCUGAUCGCGACGUUCGUGCAGCUGCCCAGCCUGCCGUGGGAGGACUGCGACAACUGGUGGAAUACGCGCGACUGCAUUACGCCCGGCACGAACGCCACACUAGUGCACAACAGAACCAACCACACCGCCACCCCGGUGGAAGAGUUCUGGGACCGGCGCGUGCUGCAGGUGAGCGCGGGCAUCGACGACCUGGGCGGCCCCCAGUGGGAGCUGGCCGGCUGCCUGCUGCUCGCCUGGGUCCUCGUCUACCUCAUCAUCUGGCGCGGCCUCCACCAGAGCGGCAAGGUGAUCUGGUUCACGGCGCUGUUCCCGUACGCGGUUCUGGCGGUGCUGGUGGUGCGUGCGGUGACGCUGCGUGGCGCUGCCGACGGCCUGCUGUACUACGUGACGCCGCGCUGGGAGGAGCUGGCGUCGCCAGGGCCCUGGAUAGACGGCGCCACGCAGAUCUUCUUCGCCUACAGCAUCGGCACCGGCGCCCUGCCCGCGCUCGGCUCCUACAACAAGUUCCAUCACAACUGCUACAGGGACGCACUCAUCACGUGCGUGGUGAACACACUGACCAGCCUGGUGGCAGGCUGUGUGACUUUCUCCAUCCUGGGCUUUGUGGCAUCUGAGAAGGGCGCCGAGGUGGCCGACGUGGUGCGUAGCGGGCCAGGGCUUGUGUUCCUCACCUACCCAGAGGUCGUGCUGCAGCUGCCCGGGGCACCAGCCUGGGCUGCAGUCUUCUUCUUCAUGCUCGUUACACUGGGCAUCGACAGUGAAUUCUGCAUUGUGGAGAGCUUCGUGACGGGGGUUGUUGACAACUGGCCUGAUACGCUGCGCCCGCAUCGCCGACGCUUCACAUUUGGGGUAUGCUGCCUCAUGUUGUUGCUGGGGAUCCCCAUGGUCACACAUGGAGGUGCAUAUGUCUUUCAGCUGAUGGACUUCUAUUCUGCAAGUGGAAUGUCUCUGUUGUGGGUGUGCUUCUUCCAGACAAUUGCUAUAUCCUGGAUAUUUGGCGCUGACAAGUUUUGUGACUGUGUGCAGCAGAUGAUGGGUGUCAGGCCAGGUCGCUUUUGGUAUGCUUGCUGGGUUUUCUGUGCACCACUUGUGAUGCUGGCAAUAUUCUUGUUCUACUUUAUACAAUAUAAACCUGUUACAUAUGGCAAGGACUACACUUAUCCUGUGUGGGCAGAAGUACUGGGUAUUCUCAUCAGCCUUUCAUCUAUGCUGUGGGUGCCUGCUUAUGUCAUAUAUUACCUAGUCACAUCACCAGGAUCUGUUAAGGAGAAUUUAAUACGAGGCCUCAAACCAAAUAUUAAAUCACGCCAAAAGUUGCCUGCAGCCCAGAAGACAGCAGUUAUUCCAAUGUCUGAAAGCAGUGCUGGUUUGCUCACAAAGAACAGUUCAUUUCUUAGCCAACAAUAAAAAUGAACCUAGUUGCUGAAAUGUGGAAAUGAAUAAGUUCCAUGGAUACAGAAAAGCACUAUGCAUUACUGGUCUCAGUAUUUCUCUGAAGAGUUAUUUACUUCUGCAUCAAAACUGACAAACGUGUAGUCAGUAGGAAAAAAGUGGUAGCAAUGACGUUGAACUUUAAGUAUUUCUUUGGUUUAAAUUUAAUAAUAGUCAGGAUCUAGUUUUAGUACAAUGGUAAAAGAGCAGUUGGGUUCUAAUGACAUGCUGAUAUUGCUGGCCCAAAAAGAAAGAAAAUAUACAUUUAGCUACCAUGUCUGCCUGCUGUAUGCAGAUAUAACCAGUCAAUGGGCAUGAUGGACAUCUGUGAUCAACAUUAAUGGAGUGUUACUGUACUUGGUUUAGAAUAAGGAAAUUGAUUUUAAAGUUCAGUCUACAUUUCCUCAAAACUGCUGGAUGUUUUACAGCAGUGGUCAUCAAACUGUGGCUCUUGGGCCGCAUGUGGCCCAAAUCAAGUGUUUGUGUGGCCUUCAGUUUUCAGCCAUAUUUUUUAAUAAUAUGCACCUAGCAACCAGCAGUCAAAUCUGAAAAUGUCACCUAAUGUUCAGAGUUUUCUUAAGAGUGUAGUUUUCUUGCUCAGUAACAAACAAAAAUGUUUGGAGAGUUGUGCUUAAUUAUAAUUGAUGCUGAUGAAUUCGGCUGUGAGCUAAAUAAAACUGGGCACUUACCCAGUGUCUUAUAGUUUGUCUUCCAGCUCUGACAACUCACAGGAAUAUGUGACUUGUGCCAGUCAGCUGCAAUGGUAUAAAUUUUGACAUGGAAGUAAGAUGGAUUUGUGAAUGUGCAUUAUAGAGAUGGUCAUCUUCAAAUGUGGUACUUAUUUAUAGCAAGGAACAUUAAAUUAAUUAAGAGUGUUAUAAUACAAUGCAAUAAGUAGAAGAAAAAUGAUAUUCAAACCAUUUAGUAAACAUUUGUGAGCAUGUUUCAUAUUGCAUAAUGCAUUUAAAGAAACAUUGCUCAGAAAAAUUCUGAAAAGCUUUUAAGGGUGUUGCAGGGUAGGUUGUAAUGAGAAAUAACUAUUAAAGAAAAAUGCAGUAUGUUGUACCAUUUCUGACAUGAGUUAAUUAAUGCAUGCAUGCACAAAUUCCAUUGGCCCACCAGGUACAAUCAGUAUCAGUUGUUCUCAUAGCAUAGAUGACAGCACAUGAGACUGCUCAGCCUUUGGCUCUGGUUUGAUCCUUACUACUUUUCCAUGUCCAA